AUGUCUGACAAACGGAAAGCCAAUAUUAAUUUAGCCAACAAUGCUAGCAAAUCAGUAUUGUCACUUACAUCGCCAGCUAAACUCAAUGUGGUAUCGUCUGACUGGUCGAAAAUGACCGCUAAAAGAUCUGCCAAUAAAGUUACCAAGAGGCAUUUAUCAAGCAGUUCGACACUAUCAAAUGUCACAAACGUCGUUUCAAGUUCAAAAGGAUCAAAUAAUCGACCAACAAUGCAUCAUGUCCCACAGCUACUGAGAAGGUCAUCGUCAUUCUUUAAAGAUGAUUUGGAAAUCUCAGAAAAAAGACCAUCAAAAUCUCAAGACUCAGACGACAUUUUAUUGAACACUGAUAGAUUCAUCCCGCUACGAAGUGAGCAUUCUUUUACUCUAUCAAAGAUUGAUCCUUCUUCCUUUGAAGUGGAGGUUCCUCCACCCAAUGCAUCGCCUUCAACACAUCUGCGAGCGCAGACAAAACGAGUUUUCAAACAAAACGUAGCUGAGGCUUGUGGGCUCGACAUGAACCAACGGAUUUUACAGUAUAUGCCUAAGCCACCGUUGUCUUCGGUAAGGAAACAAUCUUAUUCUAUUGGCAACAGAACACAUUAUUCAUAUUCAAACGGGUAUGCGAAUGACAACAGGAAAGAUAUCGCCAAACUUCGUAAGAUCAACUCCAAUCCAGAAAGAAUUCUUGACGCACCUGGUUUUCAAGAUGAUUUCUACUUAAAUUUGGUGAGCUGGUCAAAAAAAAAUAUUCUCGCAAUUGCACUAGACUCGGCCCUAUAUUUAUGGAAUGGAGAAAUAGGUGAUGUUUCACUUUUAGUUGAAUUCGACCGCCCUGGUGCAAUAGCAAGCGUUACCUGGUCUGAUGACGACUGUCAUAUCUCAAUAGGGAAAAAUGACGGAAACACGGAAAUAUGGGAUGUCGAAACUAUGUCUCACGUCCGGACGAUGCGGUCGGGAUUGGGCGUUCGUGUAGGUUCGCAGUCAUGGCUAGACACUCUUAUCGCAAGCGGUGCUAAAAGCGGCGAGAUACAUAUUAACGAUGUGCGUAUUAAAAACCACAUAGUGUCUACCUGGGAUGAGCACAGAGGAGAAGUUUGUGGUUUGAGCUAUCGUCAGGACGGUCUUCAGCUUGCAUCAGGAAGUAAUGACAACACAGUAGUCAUUUGGGACACCAGGACCUCUUUACCUCAGCAUAUAAAGAGACAACACACCGCCGCAGUAAAAGCCUUAUCAUGGAAUCCCGACGUCAGCAAUUUAUUAGCUACCGGUGGCGGUCAAACGGACAAGCACAUUAAUUUUUGGAACACCACUACUGGGGCGAGAAUCGGAAGCAUAAAUACAGGUUCUCAAGUUAGCUCGUUGCAUUGGGGUCAAAGCUACAGUUCUAAUUUGGAACAGCGAGAAAUUGUCGCGACCGGGGGAAAUCCAGAAAACGCAAUCUCAGUGUAUAACUACGAAACCAAAUUCAAGGUGGCCGAGAUUGUUCAUGCUCACGAGGCUAGGAUUUGCUCAAGCCAACUUUCACCAGAUGGAACAACACUAGCAACCGUAGGCGGAGACGAGAAUCUCAAGUUCUUCAAAGUAUUUGAGCCUAGAAAGAAGCAUCAAUUUGGCGUUUGCGGUGACGAGGGCAUUCUUGGACUACUUAGCGUCGGCAAAAAUUGCGAUGACAAGUCAAAAAGGUCACCAGCAAGAAGAAAGACAUCAGACUAUCUUAUUAGAUAA